AUGUCCAAGAUCCUCUGUUUGAGGGUAAUUUUAAGGAUCUGGAAUGCUCUUAAUGACUUAACUGGGUAUUGUCACAACAAGUUUAAAGCAAAUGCUGGUCAAGCCUCUGUGUUAAUGUCUCGCACAGUGCACCUGCUUCCUUGGUUCCCUUGGAAAUACUAUUGUGAAGGUGACUGGCUUAGUGGCCUUCACCUUGUGGUGUCAUUAUGUGCUUUUGAUGACACGCUUACCUUUGUUCAGCAAGCUCAGUGUGCACUGUUCACAGCAAACCAGAACAAAACAAAAGUUGGGUUCAGCUUAUUAACAUUAACCAAGUUGGUGUCACUGGUGGGACCUACCAGAAUCCUUUACUGUGGCCUCAUCUCUGAGAACAUGGACAUUUUGCCCAAUUUUCAGGCGAUCACUGUUGUCACUGUCAUUCUUGCUACUGCCAGGCUUCAAGCCGACAUGGACAACCUGUGCUUCUUGGAACCCAAAGGAAACCCUGAGGCAAACCCUCUCUUAGAUGAACGGAACCUCUCCUGGACCAUCAUCAUUUUAUUGACAAGACAAAUCUUGAACCAGAAAAACUUUUGGCUUUUUCUCAUAAUGAAUUUCCUUCCAGUCUUCCGUUUAACUUUCUUCAACAAUGUCAUGAUGAUCUUUGCAGAUAAUAUCAUUCCCAGAGAUUGCCUUAUGCUUAUCAGCCAGUCCUGGCUCAAGAAGUUUGGGUACUAUAAAUUAAUCUUAAUUUCUUUUUAUCUAGAAGGAACAGCUUCCAUUGUCAUGCUACUUCUUGAACAGAAAUACUAUUACUUUUUUGCUCUUUAUCCCUCUAUUAAUAUGGUGAUUGUGCUGGCUUCUUUUUGCUUGUUUAAUUUGCCACUGGCUGAUGUUGUUGAUGCAAAUUUACUUACAUUCAAUCGGCAGUCACCCCUUUCAUCAAUGGAUUUUGGCAUCAAUGUUUCAUUUACCAAAACUGCUCAGUCUUUAGCUCCCAUGGUGAUACUCUCUAGGCUAAAAUGGUAUGGAUACGGAUACCCAAACAAAAGGUUGUUUGGCUCCCUCCUGGCCCGUGGCCUGUCUGUGUGUGAGACCUCACUACAGGCCCAGUUGGCUGAGGAGUCCCAGGCAGAACCCUGGCCCUGCUGGCAGGAGACCUGGAUUCUUGUCCCAGGUCUGCCGCUUCUUGACCAUGUGACCUGGGUCGGGUCACUUAAUAUCCCUGAGGGCUAUGGCCGAGAGUUGGACUGCUACUUCUGCUUCUCAGAGCUGCGGUUCAUUCUGGAAGAGGCUCAGCUUUGUUUGCCCUCCACGCCACCGCCGCACUGCCAGAUGCCGCACUCACCUUUUAUCAACAUCACUCUGGCUGCGUGUUGA